AGCUAACUCAUGAAACCCUAGCCUUACCCCUAAUUCCUCGUCCGUCGCAGCCCUAGUCGUCGCCUCCCUCGCCCUGCACUCGCCCGUCCCUGGCCACCAGCCCGCCACAGCGCCGGUGCCCUGCGCCCCCGCCGCCCCGAUCCUGCACGCGCCGACCUGUCCCCUCCACUCCCCAGCCGCUCGGCCCGUGCGCACCACCAGCUCCUCGCAGGCGCGCAGCCGCGCCGCAGCCCUAGUCCCUACGCGCCGCCGGCCAGCGCCCUCACCAAGACUUGCUGCGCUGCUCUGCGUGACGACGUCUACAGCUCCGGGCGACGGGGCCCCCUCUCCCCGCGACCAGGAAGACCCUGUUGGCUGGUGGCUGUGGCCUCGCUAGCUCUGGCAGCUGGUUUUCUGGUUGCGGGCGCGGUCGGAGGCUAGGGUUUUGCGGCGAGAUGUCGGCGUACGACGAGGUGGAGAUCGAGGACAUGGAGUGGAACGCGGAGCUGAAGGCGUACACGUACCCGUGCCCCUGCGGCGACCUCUUCCAGAUCACGCUCGAGGACCUCCGCCUCGGGGAGGAGAUUGCGCGGUGCCCCUCGUGCUCCCUCUUCCUCACCGUCGUCUACAACGCCGAGGACUUCGCCGAAGCCAAGGAGCCGCCCCACAAGCCGGGCCCGAGCCCAGUCGCCGUCGCCUGAGGCGGUCCCCCGUGCGCGGCGAGAUGGAUGUGUUGAAUUGAUCUCAGGGCAGGAAAAGAAACGUGAGUUGAUGUUUGACAUACACGAGAGCAUUUGUACAACCACCACUACUUAGAUGAGUGGGCUCAGAGGCAUAUACUAUCAAAACUUAGGUUGUUAAAUUAUCUUGUUUGUAUGGGUGACCUACUUAUUGUAAGGUGACGUGAACAACUUAAGCUUCAAAAAUUUUGUUUGUGAAUUUUCUUCCCUUGAUCUCUCUUUAGCAAGAUACAAUCCCUAUUGAUCUUCAGUAUAUUCAUCCACCUUGUGAAUUCUUGAUGAAGCUAAGGUAUUGAGCCGUAUAGAACUUAAUGCA